CAGUCUGGCAACUCUGCGCCGCAUCUCAUGUCUAUCGCGGCGUUUGUUUACAAUGGUGCGCAUUAAAAAUCGUUAUAUAGCCGUGCAAGUUGUACCAUAUGCGCCUGUUAAGAGCCUGCGCCUCAACGACCAUACGCUGACCAAAUGCCUGCUGCAAAAUAUAGAGAAAUACUACGGUGUGUACGGGCUGGGCGUCUUGGAGCACGGUUUCCGUGUGAAAUACUGCAAUGAGCGCACUAAAAUUGCAAUUAUACGCUGCCUACAUCGCGGACAACGAUAUGUGUCAAGCAUAUUGCCGCUGAUAACGUUGAUAGGCGACGUGCGCGCCAAAUUCCGCACUCUUUACACGGGCGCCACCAUCAUACAAUGCAAUAAGUUUAUAAUUAAACAUCAGCGACAGUUCUUGGACCGCAUGAUGGGCCAAGUGGCAUCGGCCAAGGAGCGCCAGGAUCUGUUCAAGCGCGUCAUGGAGCUCGACAUGGACAGAUAACAUGGAGGUU